AUGGGCCCCUAUACCGCCUCCUCAUGCUGCUGCCAGGCCCCUAAUCUGCCAUGGGCCCCCGUACCAACUCCUCAUGCUGCUGCCAGGCCCGUAAUCUGUCAUGGGCCCCUGUACCGCCUCCUCAUGCUGCUGCCAGGUCCAGAGUGUGUCAUGGGUCCCUGUACGGCCUCCCAUUGCUGCUGUCUCCAUCGCCACACUCUGCCAUGUGCCACUUUCAGGUCUCCUCACACUGCUGGUGGUUUCCAUUUUUGUCAUAGGGUGCUGUAUGGCCUCCCAUUGCUGCUGCCUCCACCGCCACACUGUGGCUCCACACUCUGGUUUUGGCCCAAAUGAGUGAAGUGUGCGGUGAUUCUAAGAUCGACGGCACUCAUCUGCAUGUCAUACUGACUGACAGUAUUAUUUCUCUUCCCCAGCAGACUCCAAGGGCAUUUAAAUUAAAGGUACAGUGUUCUGCACUAAUAUAA